AGUUUGAAAAUGUUAUAAUUUGUUGUCAUCCUAGUUUUACACAGUCUCCUCAUACAUAUUAUUCAUUCACAAUGAAUUUAUUAGUUGGAUUCUAUUAUUUGAAAUAUUUUAUUAAUUCUAAUUCUUUGAUAAAAAUACAACAAAAAAUAUAACCCAUUGAUUUUCUCUUCAAUUGAGCAUAAUGAUUUCAAAGUAUGACACCUGCUAUACGUUGAUAGGGCAAAGCAAGCAAGUUGGUAGGUUAUGUACUGAAAAAAUCAAAAUAAAUAAUCGAAUAGACAAAAUAAUAUGGAUGCAAGCAGAUCUAAUAAACCGUCCGGUUUACGAAGAAAAGCAUCAUUAAAUGUAACUUUUUGUGUAAAAAAAGAAAGAAAUCAAACUCAUAAGAAGAUCUCAACUAUUCUUCAGAAAGCAGAAUGUGAUAGAAGCGCCGAAGAAACCCAGCUUCUUGAAGAAAGCAUCAAUGUUGUGAAGGAAGUUGAAGAAAAGUUGGAAAAGAGAAGAAAAUUGAAACUAAGAUCAGAAGAAGUAGAAGAUCAGCCGAGUGUCCUAGCUGAGAAAUGCAAGGCACUAGCAGAAGCGCUCUCCUCUGCCCGCCAUCUUGUGGUCUAUUCUGGCGCCGGAGUGAGCACUGCUGCCAGGAUACCCGACUAUCGAGGCACCAAUGGCAUUUGGACCAGGUUGCAACAGGGCAAAGAUAUUGGAUGCCACGAUCUGAGUCAAGCAGAGCCGACUCUGACGCAUAUGGCGUUGUUCGCGAUGUACCAGAGUGGCAUAGUGAAGCACAUUGUGUCACAGAACUGUGAUGGUCUGCACCUGCGCAGUGGGCUGCCCAAGAAGGCUCUCUCCGAAGUUCAUGGCAAUAUGUAUCUCGAAGUUUGUACACCGUGUGGGUUGGAUUAUUGGCGCCUAUUCGAUGUGACUGAGCACACGGCUCGUUAUAGUCAUGAAACAGCUCGUCUUUGCUUCAGAUGCAGAAAACCGUUGCGAGACACAAUUGUCCACUUUGGCGAGCGAGGAGCAUUGAAGUGGCCUCUCAACUGGUCGGGAGCUUGCGAUGCUGCUGACAACACUGAUCUUAUCCUCUGUAUUGGCUCAAGUUUGAAAGUAUUGAAAAAGUAUCCAUGGUUGUGGGGUAUGGACAGACCUGUCAAGAAGAGGCCAUCUCUUUACAUUGUCAACUUGCAGUGGACUCCAAAAGAUGAUCAAGCUACUUUGAAGAUUAAUGGUAAAUGCGAUGAAGUAAUGACUCUGGUGAUGUCACAUCUCGGCCUAACGGUUCCGAAGUAUGAACGUCAUUUGGAUCCUAUAUUUACACAUGCCACUUUGCUUCUGGAAGUGGAACAGCACACCACGUCUCAACCGAUACUUCAGAAUCCUCUAACCCACGACGACGAUGCCUUCAAACAGGAGGAAAACAUUGAUUGUGACUCAAAACCAAUCACAGACGGUAAUUUUGCUCAAAAUACAUCCAACUCAAAUAAAAAAUCUGACAAUGAAGACGUAUCUAGUGCAACAAUUAAAACUGAAAAUGGGGAGGUAGAAGAGAAGGUACUGAUUGACAAAAAUGGGGAUUUGAGUAAAGAUAAUCGUGAAAUAGAUAACAAUAUUGAUGAGAUAGAAACGGCUAAAAGCUUAUGGAGACCAUUCACAGAGCAAGGCGAUGGGAAAAGACCUCUUGAACAGUCUCACUCGUUGAAAAAAGAAUACUGUGAAGGAGAAUCCUCUGGAAAUAUUGGGAUUGAAGACAAUAGCAUUGAAUCAGCAGGAAUGUCUCGAAAAGUUGACGACAAUCUUAAGAAAGAGACAUCAUCCUCUCUUGAGCUUAAAAACAUUGGGAAUGGAAUUGUGGAUGUUGGAUCUUCUAGAAAUCAGCAUGAUUGUCAGGAGGAUGAUUUCCCCCCUGUGAAAAGAAUUAAGGCUUCAGGUGGUAAUAUUGAAACAGCGGGAUUCUCUAUUCCUGUCGAAGAGUUUGAAAAAAUUUAUACGAAAAUUGGAAAGGAAGUGGCUCGUAGAAAUUCGAAUGAAUUUUUUAGAGAAUUUUACUGUGAAGAUAAUAGAUUCGAGUCUGUUAAGCGUAAUAACUGUAAUUCUGAACAGGGUAGCAUAAGUAAUGGGUUUGUUGAAAAUAAGGGUAAGAAUAUUGAAGUUAUUAAGCACAUUGACAUGAAAAAUUACUGUAGUAAUAUUAGUUGUGGAUCUAAAUCAAAAAUAUUAGCUCAAGCAAGUCCACUUGAUCUCACUAAAAAUAAAUCUUCAAAUAAUAAGAAAACGGGUAAAAUGUCUGGGGAAGUAGCUUGUGAAUUUUGUAAAACACAUUAUAAAACUCAGGGUUGUCAAUUUUAUAAACAACAUUCACCUGUUGCACCAGCAGCAGGGCCUUUUUGUUAUUGCUGCGACGACGAAGAUGAAAAUUCCGAUGGAAAAGAUGUAGCAACCAAUGAGAAAGCAAAAGAUGUAACAACCAAUGAGAAAGCAAAAGAUCAAGUACCGGUAGCCAAUGAGAAAGGUAAAGAUCAAGCUAAUAAUGAGAAGGGGAAAGAUCAAGCAGCGAAUGAGAAGGCUUCGCCUAAAGUUCCUAUUGUUAAUCCAGGCUGGUUUGGAAAAGGCUAUAGAAAAAAGUACAAGAAAAAACGAUAAGCUGGUCUGGAAUUCAUAGUUAUAUUUUCAAUUCAAUUUUUACUUAAGGUUUAGGUAAUAAAUUAAUACAAGUCAGUAUUGGAAUAAAAACUAGAAAUGUCAAAUUUAUUUUUGUUCAAUCAUUGAUGUGUUAUUGAACUACUUAUCUUACUAAUCAAUAUUAAUUGAUAAUCUGAAUUAUCAUUAGUAACAAUAUAUUUUGGGAGUAUUGUUGAUUGAUUUAGAAGGGUCCUCAUCUUACUAAUCAAUAUUAAUUGAUAAUCUGAAUUAUCAUUAGUAACAAUAUAUUUUGGGAGUAUUGUUGAUUGAUUUAGAAGGGUCCUCAUCUUACUAAUCAAUAUUAAUUGAUAAUCUGAAUUAUCAUUAGUUACAAUAUAUUUUGGGAGUAUUGUUGAUUGAUUUAGAAGGGUCCGAUCUCAUAACAAUUAUCAAUGUAAAUUUGUCAAGAUAAGAAUAUUCUAAUCACUAUCCUAUCCGUAAUAUCAAAUCAGCCAGGAAUGGAGUCACCAAUAUUUUUCAAAUUGAGUCAUAUUUCAAUUUAAGAGUUUUGUAUCUGGAAACAGAGUUGAGAUUAUCAACAUAAUUUUAGUAUCUCGAAAUAAUUUAGAUUAUCAACAUAAUUUUAGUUAUCUCGAAACAAAACACAGGUUGAAGCUAGUAUUUUAUUUUAAAUCAUUGUCAGUCCAUCAAUGAAAGUUAAGUAGUGAAUGAUUGAGUCGUUAUUUUAAAAUUCCUUCUACACUACUCUGUAUUGAGCUUCAUCGGGUUUUGUGACAUUGUGUUAUGUUUUUGUGUUCUCCAUUCAAAUAGAAUUAUUUUUUAGAAGAACUGAAUUUUAUCUUGUAUGGAAUAGAAUUCUAGUUAUAAUAAUAUAUUAGGGUAGUUUUAUUCUUUACAGAGCGAAUUGGAAUAUAUUCUAUUGUUGUACAAAUUGACAAUUAGUAAAAAUUACUUCUUAUCCUUGUAAGAAAAUGCUUUAAUUUGAAGUUUUAUAAUUUAAAUAUUGUUGAGAAAGAUUUUUACCGCAAUAAUUACAAAUUAUAAGAGAUCCUCUAGAAUAAUAGUACCUUAUUGAGAAUUUUAUUUACAUUUAUCACACGACAAAAUGUGAUCCUAGCAGUUUUUCUGUUAAUUGUCAUUAAAUAUUGGAAUAUAAUGUAUAUUCAAGUGUUUGGAAUAUUUGUUUAUUCAUGUUAAUUCAAGUGUUUUUUAUCAUGAUCAGUAUUUGACAUUAAUGCCCCAAUUUUACUUAAAAAGUAUUAUUUUUCAGGGUGAUAUUCUUUUCAUUCACCUACCUGGGAAUUCAUUCUUUUAUAUUGUUAUUAUAGUCCUUUUGGACUGAUUUCUAUGUUUAUUUAUGGUUUAGCAUAAGAAAUUAUAAUAAUUUUACUGUCAGGAAUUGGAUAAAGAAAUCAUAGAUGAUCUUGUAUAUUUUGCAGUAACGUAUUAUUUCAUUGUUUUUUUUUUCUUCCAUUGCCUUUUUUUAUGUUGAUGUUACGUGAACAUGAACAUUUCUGAUCUCAAUCAUUAAAAGUAAUCUUAUUCAGUCAAUUUAUCGGACUAUUUUUAUAAUUCAGUUUUAUUUUUAAAUAAUUUAGAUCAAUUCGUGUUUGUUAGCAUAGUAGUUUUAAUAUUGUAGUGUUCAAUGUUAUUGAUAAUUCUAUGUUGGUGUUUCUUAGAAUAUUUAAUUUUAUUAUUUUAAAUUUAUUGUACUAAUUUUGCGUUGUUGUGCAAUCUGUUGUGCGUAUUAUAUGUACUGUGUGUCCUUAUUGUGUGUAUUCAGAACAGUAUUUAUAUGAAAUAAUUCUUGCCUCAUUAAUUAAUAUUAUUUUCUAUAUUUUUUCCUAAUAAUUAUUAUUUAGAAAUUAUCUAAUAGAAUCCUACAAAUCCAUUUAUCAUAGUUUCGAUGAAUUAUCACAAACACCUAUAGAACAUUAUAUUUCAGCUUCUAAAAAUAUGUUUUUUUUUUCAAGUUGAGCAAGUGCUUCCAAAAACGUGGUGUUUGUUGAGUAAAUUAAUUCAAAUUAUUUCCAUAUUGUUUUGUAACACUAUUGGAAUAAUUAGUAAUACUCAUUGUAAGUCCUCAUAGAUUACCGUAUUUAUUUUCAAUACAUCACAUAACAUGUAAAUAAAAUCAACUCAUGGCAACUAAUUUUCUCUCAAUAUCUUGAAUACAAGCGAGUAGAGAGUUUUGAAUUGAGGGGGAAUUUUCCUUCAUUCAAUUAAUUUAGUGUGUACAUCAGGAAUGGUUAAACCUUCUUCUCAAUUUGAGAUUAAUAUAUUUCAUAUUAUUAAAUUUUAAUACUACUGUAUUUUGUCAGCAUUUUUUCUUAUAGAAUCAUGGGAUAAAUUUUAAUAAAAUAAAAUUAAACAAUCAUUAAACAAAAUAAUGACCUUUUUAUAAAAAAUGUUAUUAUUUUCAAGAUUGGCUGACUCUUGCCAAUAUUGUAUUGUCUUUUUCAACCUUUUCUAUUACAAUACCGUGAUGUAUUAAAAUGAUAAUUCAAUAGCGAAAUAAGUAAAGUCCGUCUAAUCAGAUUAAUGUACUCAAAUAAUUAUUUGAUGUGAGUUAAUAAAUGUGAUAAAUGUCAAUGGUAAAUUAAAUAUCUUAUUCAUCUUCAAUAAAUGUCAUUUACAGCUCAAAAUUCCUUGAAAUUGAAAAUGAUACCAUCAAUUUUUUAUCUACAUAUGUAUGUUGAUCAGUGUAUUUCUUCCAUUGAUAUGAUUAAAUGUAGUGUAUUGAA